AUGAAGCCGGAUUUGAUUCUCCUUUUUUUCAUUUUCACCACUGUCGAGGUCACUCUCCCUCUGGAAUAUUGUCCGACUCACUGCCAGUGUGACUGGGACACCUACACUGUGUCAUGCUUUGGAAGUGACGUCCUGCCUGUUUUCCAUUCCAGCACACAGGAGGUGUGGCUUGUGGGGACAAAACUUUCUUCUAUUCCUGAGAAUGCCUUUGCCAACUUGGCCAACAUUUCUCGAAUAGACAUCUCUGAUGAUGAUGCUUUAAGAUAUCUGGAAAGGCAUUCUUUCCACAAUCUGUCCAGGGUCACCCACAUACAACUAACUGGUAUCAAAAAACUGUCAUACAUUCACCAAGAGGCAUUUAAGGAUCUGCCUAAUUUAAAGUACCUUGGGAUCACUAACACAGGUCUCACCUCCUUUCCUGGGCUUCAGUAUAUUCAGUCCAGCCAAGAGGAGUUUAUUUUGGAGAUAGUGGAGAAUGUCUUCAUACAAGUCAUACCUGCUAAUUCUUUCACUGGCAUAUCUGAGAAUGCUCUGACCAUCAUGCUGAAUAGCAAUGGUGUGAGAGAGAUCCAGCACUAUGCCUUCAAUGGGAGCAGCGUAGAGGAAGUGUAUCUUCACAGGAACGUGGAUUUGGAGCGAAUAGAUGAAUUUGCAUUUUAUGGUGUGAUUCAUGGCCCAACUUACUUAGACCUUUCAGAAACCAAAGUUAGCUCGUUGCCUUCAAUAGGUAUGGAGACCAUUGAAAACCUCCAAGCUAAAAACACUUGGGCCCUCAAAGCGCUGCCACCCUUUAGAGCCUUUCUGCAUUUGCAGAGCGCUGAAUUGACAUUCCCAAGCCAUUGCUGUGGUCUCAAAAUGCUGAAAAGAUGGAGAGGACACUCUGAGGCAGUUAUUUGCAACCUCAGCCGGACUGCUUUUGGAAAGCUGCAGGAAUCCUCUGCAGCUCUCUCUCAGAAGUAUCUGGGACACAAAGUCUACCGACAUAUGAAAGACAGCUUUGCUCUCCAAGUGGCCAGCAGCACGAAUCACAAUCACCACUACGACAGCCCCAUUUGUCCAACACAACAGAUUCAAAACGAGGCUUUGUUGUAUGUGGAGUUGCAUACGGCGCAUCUCAGUGAUGGUUUUGACUUUGCGCUGUGCAAUGAACUUGACACAGAUGGACUCCUGUGCACCCCCCUGCCUGACGCCCUGAACCCCUGCGAGGAUGUGAUGAGUCAAGGCUUCCUGAGGGUGUUGGUCUGGGUGGUCAGUCUCUUGGCCAUUUCAGCCAACCUCCUGGUGAUGUUCAUCCUGCUGACCAGCCGACAGAAGUGGUCCGUUACCAGUUUCCUCCUGGGUCACCUGGCCUUUGCAGACUUUUGUAUGGGGACAUACUUACUGCUCAUUGCAUCUGUUGACCUCUACACACGCUCCCAUUAUUACCACUAUGCUGUUGCUUGGCAAACAGGAAGUGGCUGCAAUUUAGCGGGGACAUUAUCGGUGUUUGCUAGCGAGCUAUCAGUGUACACGUUAACUUUAAUCAGCCUCCGGCGCUGGCACGCCAUCUUCUAUGCAAUGAGGCCAGACAGGAAAAUUAGGUUACGGCACGCAGCUGUGCUGAUGCUUCUCGGCUGGUUGCUCUGUGCGAUCCUAGCACUGCUGCCAGUGGCCGGUGUGAGCAGUUACCAGAAAGUGAGCAUCUGCUUGCCCAUGGACACCGAGACGACGGCCGCUCGGGCCUACGUGGUCUUUCUCCUGAUGGCGAACGUCAUUGCUUUUCUGGUGGUAUGUUUAUGUUACCUCCACAUCUACUGCAUGGUGCACAAUCCCCGGCACCAGUCCAGCAAAUGUGAUACCAGCAUGGCCAAACGCAUGGCUGUUCUCAUUUUCACCAACUUUCUGUGUCUGGCUCCCAUUUGCUUCUACGGCUUGUCUGCAGCUCUCCACCAGCCGCUGAUGACUGUCACCGAUUCCAAGGUGCUGCUUGUGCUUUUCUAUCCUCUCAACUCUUGUGCACACCCAUUUUUUUACGCUAUCCUGACAAAGGCAUUUCACCAAGACAUCCUGCUGCUGCUGAGCCGAAUGGGACUGUGCCAGCAGCAAGUGCACCUCUAUCGAAGCCAGUAUUACUCUUCACAUAUACAGAGAGACAAUGUCAGCUCCACAGUCAAGCCCCCAGAUCCCAAAACGUUCUCGAGGAUCGGGGUCCAGCUGAAAUCCCCAGAAACGGGCACCUGGGAUAUAAUCCUCGUCAGAGCUGUAGAGGGGGUCUGCCCGGUACAGGACCUGGGGCGGGCAGUUCUUCCCCGCAGAAGAUCUAGUCAGGACCAGCGGAGGCCCCCAGUAGGGGACACCCAGGAGGUCGUCUAA